GCCGCACGCACUUGACGCCACGAAAUCGAUCUUUUCUCGAUACUUUCCCAUCCUCCACUCUGCAUACUGGCCCGGGUAUACUGUUCUGACCAGCCUCGCUCAAUUAACCCAUUGCUCUGAGAUCGAUUCUUCUUUUAAAACUCCCGUCUAGACACCGUUUCUCCACCGAGCCCCAUAUUUAAUCAUCGCGUCGAACGUCGCUCAAUAUGCCCAAAGGAAAGCCGAAAGCCAAGUACGCCAACCUCUACGAGGAUAAGGACCCCGACAUGAUGAGGCAACGCAAGACGGCACCGCAAGCUGCUCCUCACCGACGAGGCGGCACGCACCGCGUCAAGGACGAGGAUUUGACCGGCACACACUGGGAUCACAAGAACUACCAAGAGCUAAUCAUCGCUGCUAAAGACGCCAACAUCUGGACAAAAGACAUGCCCAAGGUCAAGAUGGCCAAGGCUCUGGCACAAAAGGACCGGGACGACGCAAUAGCACUGAAAAUGGCGGAGAGGGAGGCAGAGGAGAAGAGGAAGGAGCUCGCGAAGCAGAAAGAGAGGCAGCGCAAAGAGAAAGAAGGGAAGAGGCUGGUUAGAGAGAGGAGGAGGGCAGCCGGAGAGGAUGUGAGCGAUACGACGGAGUCGGAAGUAGAAGAGCAGCCAGGAGACGAUAACGUUGGAUUCGGAGAAAUAAUGACUGACGAGGACGCAUGGGACAGCACCGCGACGUCUACGACGACGAAUGCUUCUAUAUCUCCCAUCUUCCCCGCUCGAAGACUGCGGAUCUUCCAAUGGCCGUAUCCCGAUAUGCCCUCACCAAAUCCGCCACGCUCGCCCAUGUCUCCAUCCGGUCGACAGCGGGAAGACGUCUUCGAGGAGCUGCUGCCUAGGAAAUUGUCAUAUGCUGUCAUGACCGUCGUCACCACAAUGUCUGGCGAAACGCUCGAGCUGCCCGGGCGCGUAUUCCCAGAAGAGAUCGGCCCUGACUUCGUGCCCAUGUUGUCGGAGCACAUAAAGGACUGUGCCCGCAAUGGCGUUCUGAUCGGACCGCUGCGCAAGGCAGUGGUCGAGUGCGCUGCAGACUGGGCCCAACGUACGCAAGUACAGUGGUGGAAUGGCCGCAUGUACUUCCACCUGCCGCCACGAAAGACUAAGACUACUCUCGCCGAUGUGUACACCAAGUGGAAAGGCAAGAAAGCGGUUCGGCAUAGGCCGCAGCGGGACGAGAAGGGCAAGAUUACGAAAGCAGAAUCAAAGAAAAUACGGCAGCAGAAAGAGAAAGAUAAGAGAGAGAAAGUACUGGAUAUCUAUACGGCGUCUGAGUAUCGCCCUCCGAUCUGCUACAUUCCCUCGUACCUGGACUAUCCGUCACUGGAAGAUGAUAUCGAGGUGCCGCAUACACUCGACAACCUCUACUUCAUUCGCUUUCCGGGCAUGGAUCUACCGCAUUACUAUUUCUGGACGAUGCCAGAUGAGUGGGAAGACCCUACCGUGCCGAAUCCAGAGUGGCUGGAGGCAGACGCAGAGCUAGAAGACGAAGAAGACGAUGAACAACGCCAGAUUCGCCGAAGCGAACUUCUGGAAUAUAUCCGAAAUGGCCUGCAAGCCGAAACAAAUGGCCAUGUGCCUCAGGAAGACCACAGAGUUAGAGUCAAGAAAUCUACGGUUCCACGCAAAUUCAAGCCUUCCUACAGCCCGCCUAAAACAUCAAAGUACAAAGCCGCAGUCUGGUCUAUCGAGCGCGAUCUCUACCAGGACGGCUGGUCCAAGACGAUGUACAAGUACCGUGAGAAGUGGAUCGGAGACGGCAAAGAAGACCAGUGGAAGCGCCUCAUGAUCAACCUCCCCAUUCUCUGCCCAAGCGGCAAGCUCCCCGACGCUCCGCCUGUGCAUCCGAACCCUUACACGACCCAAAGCCUAGCUGAGAAAUUUGCUGCCAUCGAAGCUCCGAGUGCUCAAAGACUGGUGGAGCCGAUCAAAGGGGAAGAGGCUUGGACGAGGGACGAUGACGCAUACUGGGAUAUUGUGGAUGCGCCGAUGGAAGUGUCAGAGGAGGAUAUCCAAGAAGAGCUGUUAAGAGCGCUGGAAACACCGAUGGAGACGACGGCUCUGCAUCGUAGGGUAAGUGAUUUGCUGCCGUGGCUGCAUACUCUGAGUCCGUCGUAUGUUCCUCCGCCGCCGCCGGCGGAGCCCGAGUCUCCUCUUCCAGGACCCGCGACGCGCGUUGCGGAGCGAGAAGAAUGGGAAGAACGGUUCUUGCGUAACAUUGACCCAGAUAUGGCUCCUCAUCGAAAGCGCCGCACUUCAUCGCGAUCGGCUCAGGCUGGAUCGAUUCCAAAACUUGUCCCGCAAACCGAACAAAUGCCCGUUGCAGAGCUGAAGUACAACCUCUACGCGCUCAUGAACGAGCGACGAAUGAGCGAAUACAAAAUCUGUCUCGACGCCUUAGAGAACGGUGAUGCUGAGGGCGCAAGGAGGCAUUACGAACAACAUCGCCAGGACGCGGAUCAGACGUGUCCCUUUUGCAGUAUGCCUUGGGCUGGGAUGGAUUCGCAGAUGAAGGCCUCGCAUAUCUUCUCGCAUGACAUGGAGGAAUCGUCUUACCAUCGUCGGCGGGCUUCGGAGAGAUCAUCGACAAAGUACCCGCUGUACAGUGUUCCGAAGACGAAGCGGAGGAGCAGUCUUCGGCUUGCGCAGCAAGAGGAGGGAGACGAGCAAGCGGAACCACGGCCGAGGCGGAUGUCUAAGGUUAGCUUUGCGCCUUUUACCGUCGAAAAGAGGGUCGCGUACAAUGACCUCGACGGUGCCAGCAUGGACGCAGACAUCAGCUCUAUAGCGACCACUAGCUCGCGCCGCAGCAGCUUGCGAAAAGCCACAACCUCCACUAAAAAGUCGCGCAAAUCCAAUCUCAAAAUCGAUACCAGCUCCAAGGUCCUGAAGCCGACCAAAGCCCGGAAAGGCAAAGGCAAGAAAACCAACCACGUGGCCCCAGACCUGAGUUGCCACGAUGACUCCACGCCAUCUUCGCAUUUCACAAGCCCAGGACUGCACCUUCCGAAGAGGUAUCCAGAUGAGCAUCCCGACGCGACGUGGAAUCCUAGGAAGCAUUCUACAAGUAGCAGCGAUCAUGUCCCAAGUCCGUAUCUGCCGACUGUCAAGAAAUAUCCGGUUGGACAUCCUGACGCGCGAUACGAUCCGCGGAAGGCGAGUAAGAGUAGUACGGAAAGCUUGGAGCUGUACAGGGGGCGGACGAGACGCAGGACAAAGAACACAAACACCAACGGUGCCGUUGAAAGGAAGCAGAGUACUGCGGUUCUGCCGAAGGGAAAGGGCAAGGGGAAGGUCCGGGCUAAAGUGGAUGAGGAGGAAUACAAGGAUGUGUCAUCAAGCGCGUCUUCAUAUGCACCCCCGAAAGCCCCGAAGCGUAGGGGCAAGAAGCCUCAAGACCCGACGUACCGCGAUGUCCCGCCUCCAUCGCCCAGCUCCGGGUCUCGCUCUCCAGUGCUCACCAAACGCAGGAGGGCAUCUGACCCCACUUACCGUGAUCAGCCCGAGCCGUCGUCAGCCUCCUCGGUCGAAGAGCGGCCCACCAAGAAGAGGAAGACGAAAGCUCCGCGGAUCAAGCUUGGUGAGACACCGAAGGUGCUGCAGACGCUGGCACCAGUCGGACAAGGCAGUUAUACACAUCAUUCGUCAACUGUGUCGAAUGCCUCCUCAGGCAGCAGUGACAGGAGACGGAAAAAUGCGGUGAAGAACGUAGGAUUAGACGUCAUCGAACUGUUGCACGAAGGAAAGAAGACGAAGGCUGGUCCGCGUCGGGCGGCGGUCAAGAGGCGGGAGUCUGUAAGCUCAUGUGGCUCGCAGGUAUCGCCGAGGUCGAAGAGAAGGAAGGUAUCGGUAUCGGAGCCUAAGGCUGGAGGACAAGCGUCUACCGCUUCGAGGAGGGCCGGUACGGCCGCUUGCCAGACUCAAUAGACGCAGUUCAACGCAGGAAGGCGAUGACUUCAUUGCCUUCAUCAACGAACCGCUGGCGGAAGACUACGACGAAGACGUUCUGACUGGGAAUCCGUUCGCUGCUCCGAAGAAGAGCAAGGCCAGCCAAAACAAGACGGGGAAUGCAUCAAAGGCGAAGAAGCCACCAGCGAAAAGCGCGA